AUGUCGAAGGUGUACGAUGGGGCAGACCCCAUCGAGGAGCUUGGGAACUCCUCGCCUUCUCAUAGCGACGCCGAGAAGGCAACUGUACUGCCCGGCGGCAAACAAGAAGGCCCCGCGAGGGAGGUUGACUUCCGGACCCGUAACGGUCUGAACCUCGCAAGUUUUGGUAGACGCCGGUCCAUCGACGGAGAGGUAGAGUUCGAUCGUUCGAUGAAGCCUCGUCACUUGCACAUGAUUGCUAUCGGUGGUUCUAUCGGUGCUGGUUUCUUCGUCGGCUCAGGUUCCGCCCUCACUCGUGGUGGUCCCGGCUCAGUCCUCAUCUGUUUCCUCAUUGCUGGUGCCAUGGUUUUCAACGUCGUCUACGCUCUUGGUGAACUCGCUGUGAUGUUCCCAGUUUCCGGUGGUUUCUACACGUACUCGACCCGCUUCAUCGACCCGUCCUGGGGUUUCGCCAUGGGAUGGAAUUACGUUCUCCAAUGGCUUAUUGUUUUACCUCUUGAGUUAACAGUCGUGUCGUUCACUGUGCAAUACUGGGACAAGGAUACCAGCGUGGCUGUAUGGAUUUCAAUAACUUGGGCGAUCAUUACGUUCGUCAACAUCUUCGGAACUCUGGGAUAUGCUGAAGAGGAGUUUUGGUCUUCACUCUUGAAGCUCGGGGCUACCAUUGUCUUCAUGAUCAUCGCCGUCGUCCUCAUAUUCGGUGGUGGCCCAUCAGGUGGACAAUACGACGAGUAUUGGGGUGCGAGACUGUGGUACGACCCAGGUGCAUUCCAGAACGGAUUCAAGGGAUUCUGCUCCGUCUUCGUUACUGCCGCUUUUACCUUUGCUGGUACUGAGCUAGUUGGUCUCGCCGCUGCGGAAGCUGCCAACCCUACCGAGGCCCUCCCAGGUGCGAUUAAGCAGGUCUUCUGGCGUAUCACAAUGUUCUACAUCCUUGGUCUCACCUGCACCGGUCUUUUGAUCAGUUCCAAGGAUCCGAAUUUACUGGGAGCUGACAACCCUUACUCGGACGGAACGUCGCCUUUCGUGUUGGCUGGAAAAUACGCCGGUCUUGAUGGCUACGACGACUUCAUGAACGUCAUCAUCCUGGUGUCUGUCCUGUCUAUCGGUGUGUCUUGUGUCUACGGUGGUUCCCGCACCUUGACCGCGCUUGCUCAGCAAGGAUACGCCCCCAAAAUUUUCACUUACAUUGACCGAUCUGGUCGCCCUCUCUACGCCGUCGCUUUCAACCUUGCUUUCGGUGGCAUUGCCUAUAUCAUCCUCGCGUCCGACGGUGCGACUAUUUUCGACUGGCUCCUGUCGCUCUCUGGUCUCGCUGCUCUUUUCACCUGGGGAUCCAUCUGUUUGGCCCACAUCCGCUUCCGCGCUGCAUGGGCUCAUCACGGUCAUACUCUCGAUGAGAUCCCAUUCCAGCACAUCUUUGGUAUUAAGGGCUCCUGGGUCGGUCUCAUCCUCGUCAUUAUCUGUUUACUGGCUCAGUUCUACGCCGCCUUAUUCCCAAUCGGCGAAGAUGGUGUCGGAACCGCCGAGGAAUUCUUCAAGGCUUACACCGCUUUCCCCCUGGUCAUCUGUUUCUGGAUCGUCGGUUACUUCUGGAAGGGUAAAGCCUUCCUGAGGCUUUCUGAGAUUGAUAUCGAUACCGGACGUCGCCAGCACAACUGGGAGAUUAUCAACGCGCACAGGGAGAAGAUGGCUGCACUCCCCGCGUACAGACGCGUUUUGGACAAGCUCUUCUAA